GCACUUGCAAAAGUAAAGGAAGGCGUUUCUUGGACGUAUCGCCAUGCUGGCUCCGUUUUCACCUACUUCCAGACCCCAGUGACCUCCCUCCGACCAUACGCUCCCCGCGACUUCGGAGCGCCGCCCACCAUGUCCUACGACCCAAUUCACCCGCAGGGUGGCCCCGCCGGAGCCCAGCCAAACAUGAACAUCAGCUUCAAUCAGAUGCUGCAGCGCUCGCAACAGGACCAGAGGCCGCAGGAGGCUCCAGUCGAAGCUCCUGGGCAUCCUGCGCCAGCCAUUGGCUAUCGAGGUGUAUACAAUGCUACACCACCACCUCAGCAGCUCCCACCGAAUGCACUAGGCGGCGCACGAGCACCCUCUUCCCAGCCCAUACUACCCGUCGAUCUCCCCCCGCAAGCCUUCCUGACAUCAUCGAUGCUCUUGGACAUGGUCGACAAAAAGGUCGACGUACUACUCCGAGACGAGAAGGAAUACAUAGGCAUUCUACGGUCUUACGAUCAAUUCGCAAAUCUUGUCCUGACCGAAUGCUCCGAAAGGAUAGCAGCCCGUAACCCCGAAGCAUCAACCGACACCCCAACUCCGAAGUGGCUCAUUUGCGACGUCAAACUUCCCGGCCUCAUGACCAUCCGCGGUGAAAACGUAACCAUCUGUGCAACCGUCGACCUCGACCGGGAAGACGAACCCAAAGGCGUAAAAUUCGCGCCUGAAGAGGAGGUGAGAGAGCUGGCAAAUGCUCAGAGAAACCAAAAGAAGGCGUCGGAAGCACGCAAGGCAAAGGCCUUCAAAGCGGCAGGCAUCGAGGCCGGCUUUGGCAUGGCAGCAUAGGCGACGUGACACGAAUAAUAGAAAAGCACGAAUUGAUGAUAUCGAUCACAUGUCCUUACCGGUCUCUGCACGGAUUAUACAGUAUCAGUCUAAACACUGUGAAAUAAUGGGGAUCUUGGCAUCCCGUUAUAUGCACAUGUCACAGUGAUUCACGUGAAGAAAAAG